GAAGAAAGUCGAUAGCUCAUCACCAAUACCGGGCAAGGUCAUCAUCGCACGCCUCCUCACCAUGAUACCCAACUACAAGCUUACGGCUGUCCUGGCUGUCCUGCCGGCCCUUUCUGCCGCGUCGCCAAUUGUCGGCGGCACGACCGCUAAGGAGGGAGCCUUCCCCUUCCUCGUCAGCUUGUCCAACAACGGCAAGCACUUCUGCGGAGGUUCUCUGCUCAAUGCCACCACUGUCCUGACCGCCGCCCAUUGCUCCGUUUACCAGAGCACCGCCAACGCCCGCGUCCGGGCUGGUACUCUCGACUGGACCUCCGGCGGCGUUGAAGUCGGCGUCUCAAGUAUCCUUGUCAACCGUAAUUACGGCAUGGCCUCGAAGAACAAUGACAUCGCAUUGUGGUACCUGGAUGCACCCAUCGAGACGAGCGCGGACAUUGCCUACGCAACACUGCCUGCCGCGGGUUCCGACCCUGAGGUCGGCACAAUGGUUACCAUUGCCGGAUGGGGCGCCACGGCCUCCGGCAACACCACGUCGCCGACAAACAUGUUGCAGGUCACCAUACCUGUCAGCGAUCGCGAGUCCUGCCAGGCCACCUACGGCAACUGGAACGGCGCGGAAGUCACGGACCAGAUGUUCUGCGCAGGCUUCCCCGAGGGCGGCAAGGGGUCAUGCCAGGGCGAUUCGGGCGGCCCUGUCGUCGACGCGCAGUCCAAGACGUUGCUCGGCGUUGUGUCUUGGGCCGACGGGUGCGCUCAGGCCGGCCGGCCCGGCGUGUACACUCGUGUCGGGCAGUUCAUCGACUGGAUUAAGGAGAAUACUGCAUAGACUUAGUAAUUAAUGGGAUGGUGCCCGGGCACUGAACAAGAAUAGAGUGUGGUCAUGUAUGUCUUCCAGCACCAAACGACAACCAUGCCCGCACGGCACUCUAGUAGCAUUCUUGAGCUCCUCACUCCAGACAAGAUGUCUGUGCAUGUCAAGCAGGCCCUAGAGUGCUUGGAAGCUUCUUGGUAUGGAUUGCGAAUCGCUUGACAAGAACACGACCUGAUCAGGCUUGUGAAGCGAUUGAUCCUUAAUGAGAGAUCAUUCCAAGCGUGGCUUAAGUGAACUGCCUCCGGCAAUUGCGGCUAGUAAAAGUCAGAAGUCCUUGACCACAACUGGGAUAGGCUUCAAGCAUACAUAAGUCACUCGGUCCAAACUGG